CUCGCUCUUCUCGGAUUGUUUCAUAAUCAAAACCUCCUGAUUUCAUUCUCUACUAAUAAUUGCUUUUUCUUUUUGAAAUUUUUAUUUUUGUUUGAAAAAUAAUAGGAUAUGGUUUUGCCUUCUUCAACACCGUUACAAACUACUGGACAAAAGACGAAAGCCUCGCCGGAAUAUAACUUUCCGGUGAUCAAUUUCUCUUCAGACGACCGGUCAAAACUAUCGGAGAAGAUCGUAAAGGCCUGCGAGGUUAACGGGUUUUUCAAGGUGGUAAACCAUGGAGUUAAACCGGAGAUAAUAUCGAGAUUUGAACACGAAGGUGAAGAGUUCUUUAAUAAACCGCAAUCGGUGAAGCUACGAGCCGGUCCGGCGAGUCCGUUCGGUUACGGAUGCAAGAACAUCGGGUUUAAUGGAGAUUUGGGUGAGCUCGAGUAUCUUCUUCUCCACGCAAACCCGACAUCUGUCGCUGAUAAAUCUGAAACUAUCUCCCAUGAUGAUCCGUUCAAGUUCAGCUCGGCGACGAAUGAUUACAUACGCGCCGUUAAAGAUCUGGCGUGUGAGAUAAUAGAUCUGACGGUCGAGAAUCUGUGGGGCAAGAGAUCUAGCAAGGUGAGCGAGCUAAUCAGAGACGUCCGUAGCGACUCGAUCCUAAGGUUGAAUCACUAUCCACCUGCUCCGUACGCGUUAAGAGGCGUUAGCCAAAUAGGAUUCGGGGAGCAUUCUGACCCUCAGAUCUUGACGGUGUUAAGAUCCAACGACGUAGAUGGACUUGAGAUUUGCUCACGUGACGGCUUAUGGGUCCCUGUUCCAUCUGACCCUACAUGCUUCUACGUAUUGGUCGGUGACUGCCUUCAGGCAUUGACGAAUGGGAGAUUCACUAGCGUGAGGCACAGGGUAUUGGCGAACACGGCAGGGAAGCCUCGAAUGUCGGCGAUGUAUUUUGCGGCGCCGCCUUUAGAGGCAAAAAUAUCACCGUUGCCAGAAACGGUAUCGGCUGAAAAUCCACGACGGUAUAAUCCAUUCACAUGGGGUGACUACAAAAAAGCUACCUACGCUCUCCGUCUAGGUGUCCCUCGCCUCGAGUUCUUCAAGUCCUCAUAAACACAUCUUCACUCAUACAGAUAAAUUAGAUAUUUUAUUCUUUUUUGGUUUGUUAUACAAAAAUACACCAUGUGAAAUGUAUAGUUUUACGUGAAAAAGAAAAAUAGAGUUUUUUGGUCGUUUAAUUCGCAAUUGAUUCUAUAAAUUUUUCAAUUGUCACAUUUCUUAAGUAAGAAAUACUCUUUAGAAAUUAGAAAUGUAUUGUAUACGAAUAACGG